AUAAAUUAUAGGCCUAGUGCGGCCAUCUGGUAGUCGGAUUUGCCAAGACUGUAAUGCAAACAUGGAAUAAUUAUCAAAAGUAUCAAAAACAUUUCAGAACUAUAGUGAACAGAGCAUUGCAUUUGAAACAAACGAAAGUACUAUUCACUCACACAUACAAUAAGGCAGCGAUAAAUUCGCCCUUUAUCGUUCGCACUAAAUGCAUCCGCUCGAACUGGCAUUCGGUCGAAUUGACUGGCUUUCAUUUUUUCCAGCUACUGUGGAGUUAGAUGCCCUCAUGUAAAAUCAAUACUGUACCGGUACAGCUAGCGUUGUAGGCAGGUUGGUCAAUGACUAAUGUAGUUGACCCUAGUGGCUCUCUUUGUUGUUUUUUAUUCACCCUAUUCAAUGUUCUCUUUGUUGUUAUUUUAUUCACCCUAUUCAAUGGUAUCGAAAUUUCCUGGUUUAGUUCAUUUAUUUAUAAGCUAACACGAUUUAAGCCAAUUGCCGCAACUACUGCAUGUCACGUGAUAUAUUGAAUCGAAAUUCGAAAUAAUAGUACUAUUAGAAUGCGCUAUGUAUGCUGAUAAUCGUAUUUCCUUAUCCAGCAAAGCAAGAGUUUAUAAUGGCCUACGAUUAAAAUUUCCUUUUAGGUCAUCUUUUCUUUCCGGAAGCUAGACACUCCUGCCUCAGCACGUGAUAGAUCACAUCAAUAACCAAUGCAACAGGAGAACAGAGUAGGCUACACAGCGCAUUCUUAUAGAUCGCUAUAAUUGUACGCUGAUAAUAGUAUUUCCUUAUCCAGCAAAGCAAAGAUGAAGAUGACGCAAAUUGAACUACUGUGCCUAACGGCCGCCCUCCUAGUGUCUUUAACUUUUGCCACUCCUUGCUACGACUUUAACCCAUUUUAUAUUAACGAAACUAUACCAGAUAGUUUUAAGGUUUGUCCAAAACCUUGUAGCUGUCCUUAUUGCUUGUAUCACAAGUUUAACAAAACAUUAAUACGUUAUCGACACAAUGCUGAGUGCGAUGGAAAAGAUAUACAUUCUGUAUCGUCACACGAACUCCCAGCCGACACUGCAGUGGUGAAAAUGAGUAGUAACAAGAUUACUGGUUUAUCAGCAAAUUCGUUUCCGAACACAACGGAGACAAUUGUUCUUACCAAGAAUAGAUUAACAUCCGGCAAAAUCCACGAUGAUGCAUUCAGCAAUCUAAGGUCCUUAACCCGCCUACGAAUGGAUGACAAUCAGAAUAUUAUUUCCAUCAACCAGAACUGGUUCCGGAACCUGUUUCAAUUGACGCACUUGAAUCUGGAAAUGUGUGGAAUUAAAAAAAUCUUCCCAAAUGCCUUCCUCAACUUGAACGCAUUACAGUUGUUGAACUUGACGGGAAAUAAAAUCGAAAAUAUCCCACCGAAUCUAUUUCAGAAGUUGACGUCUCUGACAACCCUAAAUUUGGAUAGUAAUAGUAUCAAGGUUCUUCCGGACGCCAUGUUCCAUGGUACAGAUAAUCUCACCCUGCUUGCGCUUCACAGAAACUCGCUGACAACAAUUACGAAAACUGUUGGACUCCAGAACUUGCUGAUGUUGGCUAGCUUAAGUCUCUUCGACAACCCCUAUAAUUGUGAUUGUGACCUAGAGUGGUUCCAUUACUGGCUGCGUGAAGAAAACACCAUUGACAUCCUGAAGAAUAUCCAAUCGAUUGAUUGUGGUAGCCCUCAAAGCCUUGAGUCUAAGCAGGUGGCCGAGAUUCAUUUCGAUGUGUUUAAAUGCGGACACUGGUGGGCCAUCUUGGCUGCAACUCUGGGAGCAUUGGUGCUUCUAUGCCUUUUUGUAAUUAUUGGAAUUAAAUACAGAAAAUACAGAAUUGGCCACCAAAACUACGAGGUUGUACAAUGAAAUUGCAGAAGACUGGAAUUAGUUUCUGGCUAUAUCACGAAUUCGCCCGACAUUUAACACUCUUAAUUCCGUGCUUUCCUUGCUGAUUUACCUAAUUAAAGAGGAGAAACGUUACCAAAGAUGUAUGCCCUAUUGGCCGAGACGCGAAUUUGCUGCUAGGAGCCGAAUUAAACGUGGAAUCAUUUAGGCGGUGGGGAAUUUAGGGAUGGGGGUGGAAGAGAACACCGUAUAGCACUGGAGCCCUCUCAAUCGAUGCAAGAAUCUAAUAUAGUAGUGGACCUCGCCAAUUAUUUUCCGGAGUAUCAAACUUAACAACUGACCAAUCAGAACAGCAAUAGGAAUACGCGCGUGUCUCACAAAGACACGUAUAAUUGUCCCACAACGCACGAAUGUUCGCGUAUGCUGUAACAUUGUCGUGUUGUGUGACAUUAGCAACAUUAAAUAUAACAUAAUUAUAAUCAUUUUCCGUACGAUGCAUGUUCUACUAAUUGCUUUAUAAGUCAAUCGCUGUCUUUUAAUUUUAGUUUUUGAUAACCAACUGUUGUAGCAGUCAUCGGUUGCUAUAGUGAUAUGAUCAGUAAACUGUGUGCGUAUUUACAUUUAGCUGUGCGUAUGCUGAUUUCAGUACGAUGAAUAACUUGUAAUUUGAGAAAAUACCGUCACUGACCUUUUUGGUCGGACAGGUAAAAAUGAUUUCUAUAACUACGGCCUAGGUUGUAGGAGGAGCCUCGGCAGCCUCCUGCCUGGCCGUAGCCUUAAAUCUAAACUUUUGUUCCUUGAGACUUUAAGAUAGGUCUAGAAUAUUCCUAUUAGUAUUAAACGUUCAGUUUGCUUAGUUUGAACAUGGAGGUAUUAUUAUUUAUACCUCCAUGGUUCGAAUGAGGGUCCAUUGAUUCACGACAAUUCAACAGAAGGACGCACAUCUCGGGAAAUCAAAGGUUAUAACUCUGGCAUUGACAUUCUAGGCGCACGUGCGUCCCCACACGCUAAACGUCACAAAAACCAUAGCAGACCAUAAACCGAAUUACCCAUGCGCGUGUUAGUUGCCAUGAUAAUCGCGCGUCGUGCGGUGAUUACAAAGGCCUGAUAUUUUGCACUAACAUUAGACUGAAAUUAUAUUCUUCAUUUUAACAUUAGUUUUACCGAUAUUGUGGUGUAUUGUCGUUUAUGAGACUCACUUCGCAGAAAAAAUUAAUGAAUGUUCUGUAUCUACUCAAAUGUUCGUUUUGUGCACCUUAGUCCAACAUUGUCAAAAUGACAGUUUAAUGUUA